AUGUCUUCAUCAUUGCAGAAUGAAUUAUACUCUAAAUGGCUUUCGGCAUUGGAUUCAGCAAGACAUAAGCUUCUUGCUAUCAGACGACAAGAAGGAAUUGAGGAAGUGAAACGAAAGGGAAUUAUUAUUGACAGAGAAGUAUCACGUAGGACUUAUGUUGAAUUUAGUGAAAGUGAACCAAGGGUUUCUGCUAAAUACCGUUUAAUCAAUGGAAAAAUUGAAGCCUACAAAAUACCUCUCAACCCUCAUGGAUUAGCACAAGGAAAGUUAAUUGCUAUUAUGGGUAACUGGAAUGAUCAGUUGCUUGUCCUUGGUAGUUUGGAUGUUAUUGUGGGUACAAGAAGUGUCUAUUGUCCUGAUAUAAGUGUUCAACCAAGGAAUCGUCAACAACCUCAACCAUCACAAGCAGUCAAUUCAUCCAGACAACCAUAUCCAACUCUAGUGGUUGAAAUUGCCGAUAUGGAAAGUUUAAGGAGUUUGCAUGAAUCGGCAACAACAUAUUUUUCUCAACGGACCACUAUUCAAAUUUAUUUAGCCAUCAAGUUAUUCUCACUUCGUCAGAAUGGUUCUGUUGCACUUCUUGUGCUGCUUUACUUGCGUAACAAUCCAAAUCCAACAAUCCCUGUAAUUGCUAAGUCUUUUGGAACAGCACCUCUUCACCAUUACCCACAAACAUAUCUUCUAAAUACUGUACAUGUUACAGGCAUUACUGGUGUCGGAUUUGGAGGGGUUCCUUGUGAUGGUGCCAAUCUUCAAGAAUAUCAAAUGGCUAUACCCACCACAUUGCUUUUUAAUGAUGUCCCUGGUGGUGUUCCUGGUGGUGUACCAGAUAACUUUAUUGUAGAUCUAUGGAGAUUGCAAGAUGUAAUUCUGAAUGGUUAUACAUUAUAA